AUGCACCCGUUGGAGGCCCCAGCACUUAUGCAGUAUGGUGAAGUGGUUCGGGAUUUGGCUGCUCAGGCAGGUAAUUGCCAAUUCUAUGACACCCAGUUUCGCUAUUUGAAUGCUACCCUAGUUAGGUGGAUAUGAUGUGCAUGUUGUUUCUUUGUUACAUAAUGGUUUUACCUGGGGUUUUCCCCUACAUUUUUCUGGUGAACGUAUUUCUUUUUGUUCCAAAAAUCUUUUAGGUAGUCAGUGUUUAACUUGAUAAGGACCAGAUGAUCGUGAUACGCGGAAAAGUACUGGCACUAGUUGUCAAAUAGAAAUCCAUUUUAUGAUUAAAACAACUGAAUAUCUCCUGUAAUAUACUUUAUUUCGAUUCCAUAUUUUUGUCAGAGCUAUAGUUCUCAUAACCAAACAUAAUUACAAAAUUUCAACUAGUUUCAUAAAGAAUAACGAAAGAUAUAAUUGACUGAAUACAUCAAAAUGGAUUUCUAUUCGGACAACCCUUUCUGAGCGCUGAUUGGCUAAAAUACGAACUCGAGAUCACCUGGGAGUUAACAGCUAAUAGAAUUGCUGGACCUAUUCAAGAACCUCCUUUUCAUAAUUUUCGAGUUUCCCCUUUGGGCGUUGUGCCACAGAAAACACCUGGGGAAUUUCGUCUAAUCCACCAUUUGUCUUUUCCUCAAGGGGCAUCGAUACAUGACGGUAUUUCAUCUGAGCAUACUGUGGUGUGUUACAGUCGAGUUGACGAUGCAAUUUCUAUGAUCAAAAAGCUAAGAAAAAGUUGUUUUCUUGCAAAAACAGAUAUCAAAAAUGCAUUUCAUAUCAUUUCUAUAUGCCCCCAGGAUUAUGAUCUUCUGGGAAUUUUUUGGCAAGGAGAAUUCUAUUAUGACCGUGCCAUGCCGAUGGGAUGUGCAUCAUCCUGUCGGAGAUUUGAAAUGUUUAGCACUGCAAUGGGUUGUCCAGAAACAUUUGAACAUUGCGCACCUUAUCCACAUUCUUGA